AUGUCUCACAGAGUUGCUGAAAUCGUCUCGAAAUCGGACGUUAAGGAGUGGCAUCACAUUCUUGGCAAAAUGAAUGUGGCCGAUGACUGCACGCGAGGGAAGGAUAUUCAGGAGUUGAGUCCGAAAUGUCGAUGGAUCAGUGGUCCAGAAUUUCUAAUGUUGCCUGAAGCAGAAUGGCCGAGUACUAAGGAAGUACCCAUUGUGGAUGAAACUGAGCUAGAAAUUAAGGGCUCAGUCCUUGCUGUGUCCACUACUUCAUCUAUAAACAUGGUGAAAUGGAAGAAGUACUCCUCUUGGAGAAAGCUAUGUCGGCAGUACGCUUGGUGGAUGAUGUACAAAUACGUUCUGAGCUGUAAAAUAAAGAAGAUGAAUCCGUCUCCAGAACGUCAAACCAUGUGUUUGAGCGCCGCCGAUCUCGAAGAAGCGUCGCUAGCCUUAUGUAAACAAGCUCAAAUUGAAUCGUUUAAGGACGACUACGAGAAGGAGGAAGAAGAGAAGGAGCGCUAA